AUGACGACCUUCCUGCUGUUCGAGUCAGCCUCUGGCUAUGGGUUGUUCGAGCUGACGGCCGCCGACGAGCUGGGGGGCGUGGAUGCGGUGCAGCAGUCGGUGAAUGAUAUCCAGCGCUUCGGCAAGUCGAUCAAGCUGGCAGCCUUCAAGCCCUUCACCUCGGCGGCGAACGCGCUGGAGCAGAUAAACGCCGUCAGCGAGUCGCAGGUGACCGACGACCUGAAGAACUUCCUGACCACCAACCUGCCCGCGGCGAAGAAAGGAAAGGCCAAGUACAAGCUUGGUGUGGCUGAGGCCAAGCUGGGCUCUGCCAUCCAGGAGGAGACGGGGGUGCCCUGCGAGUGCAACGAGUAUGUGGGAGAGCUGCUGCGCGGCGUGCGCCAGCACAUUGCCACGUUCAUCAAGGGGUUGGAAGACCGCGACAUGGCGCGCGCCCAGCUGGGCCUCGCCCACUCCUACUCCCGCGCCAAGGUCAAGUUCAACGUCAACAAGGCCGACAACAUGAUCAUCCAGGCCAUCGCGCUGCUGGACACUCUGGACAAGGACGUCAACACGUUUGUGAUGCGGGUGCGAGAGUGGUACUCCUGGCACUUUCCCGAGCUGGUCAAGAUCGUGAACGACAACUACCAGUACGCGCAGGUGUACAAGAUGCACACGGUGGCGCCCAACCUGUCUGCGCUGAUUGGCGAGCUGGUGGGGGCGCGCCUCAUCUCCCACGCCGGAUCCCUCACCUCCCUGGCCAAGUACCCCGCCUCCACGGUGCAGAUCCUGGGCGCAGAGAAGGCGCUGUUCAGGGCGCUGAAGACCAAGGGCAACACCCCCAAGUACGGCCUCAUCUUCCACUCCUCCUUCAUCGGCCGCGCCAAGCAGCGCAACAAGGGGCGCAUCAGCCGCUACCUGGCCAACAAGUGCUCCAUCGCCUCCCGCAUCGACUGCUUCCUGGAGGCCAACACCGACGCCUUCGGUCUUAAGCUCAAGGACCAGGUGGAGGAGCGGCUGCGGUUUUACGAGGAGGGCGUGGCGCCCCGCAAGAACCUGGAUGAAGUGAUCAGCGCGCUGGGCGAUGCUGCGGGCGAGGGCGAGGAGGCGCCGGCGGCAGAGUGCAAGAAGAAGAAGAAGGAGAAGAAGGAGAAGAAGCGCAAGGCUGGGGAGGAGGAGGAGGCGGCAGCGGCGCCAGCGGCAGCGCCAGAGGGCGAGAAGAAGAAGAAGAAGAAGAAAAAGGCAGAGGCGUGA